CGCCAACGUCACUCGCGCGCGCUCCGAGCUCCCGCGAAGCCUUCCCCACACGCAAUUUAAAAGUGCGAACAGUGUUUGGCCGACCGCCGCGCGGACAGGUCGCGUGCUCUUAUCUCUCUCGCGCCCCGCGCUUACGACAAUGCUACAAGAAAUACAACUCGUUCAAGGUCAGACGAACUACGUAGUCGUCUCGUCCGGAUAUCCUUCCGCUACGUUGACUAAAACGCCAAUCGAUAAACGCAACGUGCCUAUCGCUCCAGCUCCUGAAAAGAACUACGUUACGCAUGAUACGCCGCCUAACUUGCAAUACAGAAAGAAGGUUCACUUCAGGACGAACCCGUACACCGGACCGCAGGCAGCAUCGAUAGCGAGACGCAAUGCUCGAGAACGUAAUCGUGUGAAGCAAGUGAAUGAUGGAUUUAAUGCACUUCGCCGACAUCUUCCAGCGUCUGUAGUUGCUGCUUUGUCUGGAGGCGCCAGGCGGGGCUCCGGAAAGAAGCUUAGUAAAGUCGAUACAUUAAGAAUGGUCGUCGAAUACAUCAGAUAUCUUCAGCAACUACUGGAAGAAGGUGACGCUGCUCUUGGUAUCACUCGCGAUCAAGAAAAUAGAGAAAACAUACCAAGCAGUAACUCUCAGCAAUUGACAUCGGUUGACAUGGAUGAUGGAUUUUUCUACGGCAGUAGUUCUCCGUGUUCUGAGAAGGCUGGUUCCCCGGCGCCUUCGGAAUGUUCUUCGGGAGUGUCCUCGGCGUAUUCCGCGGUGGAUCGAUACGAGGUGUCAACGCAGCAACAGCUGGGCUCCAUGGAUGAAGACGAGCUGUUGGAUGUCAUCUCCUGGUGGCAACAGAAAUAGCAAUAACAUGGCAAAUGUUGGCUCAACAUUGGACAAAUCCCUCCGAAGAAUGUGCAUUAAUAUAUUUUUUAUUGCAUUUAUAAUUUAUACACGAGAAGACUCUUUGAAAAUCUAGUCAAACCGAUAGUGCCUUAAUUUCUUUAGAAUGUAAGACAGCCGCUCAAAUCUAUUAUUCAAAUUUAGUAGAAAUUCCACUAAAUUUAAUGUACUAAACUUAUUUCGGAAUAUAAUAAAUAUGAAUAUCACUUCACGACUAUGAAACUGUCUGUGACACUGAACAGGGGAAAAUUUCAG